UUAUACUGCUGCAAGCUACAUUUCUAUACAUACACGCAAAUACUCUUUUCUUUUUUCCUUUUACCUUUCGAUUUCGAACUUGCUGCUUAUUUUUGAACGAACAACAACAAUGUCUAUGCCGAUCCGUUGGUCAGGUUCUAAUGACCCAUCGAAUCAACAGCAAUCACAACAGCAGCAACAACAACAGCAACGGUCUGAUCAACCCACAUCUCAAGCUACGCUAUACUCACAACAACAAGCAUCGGCAGCAAAUUAUGGCAUGGAGCAACAUGGCAAGCCGUCAUUACGACCAUUACAGCCUCAACCGUACAUACAUCCCGAAUCAUAUUCUUCGGGUUCGUCAUCAGCAACUGCUCCCAGUUAUCCGUAUCCAGCGUAUUACCGUGGGCAAUCCGCACCACAACAACAACACCCUUCUCCUCCUCAACAGCAGCACCCAUAUCACCACCAGCACCAACCACUACCACCACAACAACAACAACAGCCACCUCAUGGCACAGGAUCCGAUUGGCGUGAAGAUCGAGCCGAUGCAAAACGAAUACGCAUAAGUCGUGCUUGUGAUGGAUGUCGACGAAAAAAGAUCAAAUGCGAUACAACGGGACAAGGCAGUACGUGCAAAAAUUGUCAGAUAGCUAAAGUCGAAUGCACUUUUAAUGAUAGGUAAAAUCUUUCUUUUUCCUGUUUUGGAUCAUUUUGUCUUCUUUACGUGAUUUUAUAUAUAUCGAUUGGAGCGGGUGGA